CAAUAGUGACACUGGCUUAAGGUCGCGCGGAUUAAUAGCAUUGUCGUGCUGGCGUGCAUGUGGGAUGUUUCCCGUGUUUCAAUAAUUGUAUACUGUGAUUGAUGUUAUAAUGUAAAAUUGCGAAAACUGUAUGAAAAUAAUAAUCACAGGCAUUAAAUCGCAGAGACAACGCAACAAUCAUGUUGGUACUAUUCGAGACUCCGGCAGGAUAUGCUAUCUUCAAGUUACUGGACGAGAGUAAACUCGCUAGGUCGGAAAACCUUUAUGAAGAUUUUGAGACUCCUGAAACCGCUAGUAAAAUAGUUAAAUUACAACACUUUCAUAAAUUUGAAGAUACUACAGAAGCAUUAGCUGCUACCACAGCACUUGUGGAAGGUAAACUAUCCAAAUCUCUGAAGAAAACUCUUAGGAAAUGUUGUCCAGAGCUCCAAGAGCAAUUGGCGGUCGCAGAUGCAAAGCUUGGCUCUGCAAUCAAGGACAAACUACAUUUAUCUUGUGUGAGUAACACAUCUAUACAGGAGUUGAUGAGAUGUAUUAGGAGUCAAAUGGAUAGUUUGGUAACUGGGGUGGCCAAGAAGGAAAUGACUGCUAUGGCAUUAGGCUUAGCGCACAGUCUAUCAAGGUAUAAGCUCAAGUUCUCGCCUGAUAAAAUUGAUACUAUGGUGAUACAAGGAGUAUGUCUGUUGGAUGAGUUGGACAAGGAGCUGAAUAAUUACAUAAUGCGGGCACGCGAGUGGUAUGGUUGGCACUUUCCUGAGUUAGGCAAAAUUGUGACGGACAAUUUCCAAUACGUAAAGACAAUGCAGAUCAUUGGCCAGCGAGAAAACACGCAAAAGUGCGAUUUGUCGGAUAUCCUGCCAGAGGAUAUCGAGGAGAACGUAAAGAAGGCUGCGGAGACCUCAAUGGGCUCAGAGAUCACAGAAUACGAUGCCACGCACAUGCAAUUUCUCUGUGUCCAAAUAAUUGAGCUCCAUUCAUAUCGAUCCCAGCUGUGCGAUUAUCUGAAAACCAGAAUGAUGGCGUUGGCACCAAAUUUAACGGUUCUCGUCGGCGAUCUGGUUGGCGCACGUUUGAUAUCGAAAUCCGGCUCUUUGACGAGUCUCGCCAAGCAACCCGCAUCUACCUUGCAAAUUCUCGGCGCGGAAAAGGCAUUGUUCCGUGCGCUUAAAUCAAAGAGAAAUACGCCCAAGUAUGGUUUAAUCUAUCACUCGCAGCUCGUCGGACAAUCAUCAAACAAGAAUAAGGGUAAGAUGUCGAGAAUGUUGGCAGCAAAAGCCUCCUUAGCGGCGAGAGUUGAUGCCCUAGGAGACACCACUAGUUAUGAUCUGGGUAUAGAUCAUAAAGUAAAGCUAGAGGAACGAUUGAAACAACUUGAGGCGGGCAAUAUGCGCCGGAUCAGCGGCACCGCUAAAGCAAAGGCUAAAUUCGAAAAGUAUCACACCAAGAAUGAAUUCAUGCAAUAUUCCACAUCUGUGGACUCGACUCUGCCGAAUACGAAGCCGUUGAUCGAAGAAAUCAAGGUUGAGGUGAAGGAAGAGGCGAAAGAAGAGCCGAAGGAACCCAAUGAUACCGAAGAACCCAAGAAAAAGAAGAAGAAGAAGAAACAUGAGCCUCAAACAGAGAACGCAGCAGAAGUUAUUAGUGUACAAGAAGAACCACCACUAGAUACCGUACCCAAGAAAAAAAAGAAACGUAGUUCAGAACACUUAUCGGAAGGCACAAACCAGUUGAAUACCUUACCGAAAAAAAAGAAGAAGCGUAACUUAGAAUCUGUACCGGAAGAGAUAGGCGAAGCAUCUGGUACGCAAGAAGAGGUGCUGGUAAAAAUAGAACAAGACACAAAGAAGAAAGAAAAGAAAAAAAAGAAACAUGAAAAAGAAUCAUGAAAAAGAAACUGAGUCCUCUGGAAAGGAUGAAGGUAAAUGGAUACGAAAGAUAACUAGCUUUUAAUAUAUAAAUGUCUGAAAAUUUUUAAAUUUUCUAAAGAAAAAAUAAUGUGAUUGUAUGUGAAACUUCUA